UGGUGGUCAUUCACUAUUAUUUAUUGAACUUUAUCAUCAUUAUCAAUCAGUAUUUAACUUUGAUGCUCAUUCACUCUCGAUUGGUCUCUUUCUUCAGCAACCAACUAUUCGACAACAUGCACAACUACUUCAAACACUUCCAUCCAAUGAUACGCAGCCAAUUCGAUGGCAGUCACUACAUAUCAAUCAAGGUAAAACAUUUUUGAAUUAA